AUGCGCAAGGUGUCAUCACAGUGGGGAUUUACGAAGAAAAGUAUCGGACUUCAAGUAAAAAGUGCUGUUUUUUAUACUACCUGUAACAAUAGUGGAAGUAAUGGAACUGGUAGUAUUAAGAAUGGUGGUUGUGGUUGUGGGAAUAGCUAUGAUAUCCCAACCUCCUCCUCAUCCUCUCAAGCUAUAAGGCAUAAUAAUAAUAAUAAUAAUAAUAAUAAUAAUAGCAUGAGUUGUCUUGCUGGAUUACGUCACCCAACGGAGUUAGAGAAUUACCCGCUGCAUAGUGAUGAUUGGCGCCGUGCGGUCUGUCAAUUAUACCGCGCUAUACUCAAACUGCAUGUAUUGCGACUUCUCCCCGUGCAGCGGGCGUUUGGUGAUCGUUUUGUGCGAGUGGAGUUUGAGCGGCACGUGGAUGCGGGGGAACGGCAUGCGCGGGUAUUUUAUGCAGAGUGGUAUAUGUAUGCAGCGCAGCUGGAGAUCGGUGGAUCCAGCGGUCGUCCACUCACGGCGGAGGAAGAGCGAUUGUUAACGCCUGAACAACAACAGCGGCUGCAGGAACUCCGCAGUCGAGUGGUGCAGGUGCGGCAGACAGAUCCGGACUUUAAGUUGUGA